UGGCUAAAGGGGGAAGGGGUCCCAGCCUAACUUCAUUUCAGCCCUAUUUGGGCUUCAUUCACACUAUUAACCAUAAUACUAUCUGCGGUAUAGCGUAAACAUUCGCUAUUUUUCUUCCAACUAGUUCAUCGACUUAAAAGGUAUACAGUUCCUUUAUACAUUAGGAACUAGCUGCCGCAGGGAGGACACAUUAGUUUUAGUCACACUGUUCCUCUCCCCUGCCAGUAGCCUCUUUCCAGCCCACAGUCUGGCAGAGACUGUACCGAGCAAGGCUUGGCUGAGUGCAAUGAACGCAGCCUAUCCCAUCAGCAGCCCAAUCCCUAAGGGUGACCAGGAGAACCAAUCCGCUGCCUGUUUACAUGGUGCUCUGAAAAGGAGAGGGCUGUCCUCAAUGAAUAGAGUUGGGAGGAAACCUUCCUUGCAGUCUGCCUGAUUGUGUCCUGUUCUGCAACAAAGGAGGAGAAGUGAAGUGGUUGUUGAAGAGAAUAUGAUCGUUCUAACAUAGCUAGGGAGCCUGUAUACGAAGACACUUUAUACUCGUAAUUCAGCUCAUCACAAGCAAAGGGGACACAAUAUAAGUGGGGACACAAUGAACCUAGAAAAGCUAAGCAAACCAGAACUACUGACCCUGCUGAGCAUCCUGGAAGGGGAGCUGGAGGCAAGAGAUCUUGUCAUUGAGGCAAUAAAGGCAAAACAUAAAGAUCGAUUUAUUGCAGACCGAUAUGGAAAGUAUAAUAUCAGUGAUCCUUUGCUUGCACUGCAGCGGGAUUAUGAGACGCUUAAGGAGGAAAAUCAUGGGCAAAGACCUCCUGUGUGUUCCAAUCCACUAUACAUCUUAAAAGAAGUGAUGAAGCAAUGUAAAACCAUGCAAGAGCGGAUGCUCGCUCAGCUGGCCGCUGCAGAAAACCGGCACAGAAAGGUGAUACUGGACUUAGAAGAAGAGAGGAGGAGGCAUGCUCAGGAUGCAGCUGAUGGAGAUGAUGUGACAUACAUGCUAGAGAAGGAAAGAGAGAGGCUGGCACAGCAGCUGGAAUUUGAGAAGUCCCAAGUUAAGAAAUUAGAAAAAGAACAGAAACGACUUUCCAGUCAGCUGGAGGAAGAGAAAGCCCGCCACAAGCAGCUGUCAUCUGUGCUGAUGAAAGAGUGUACAAAAGCCAACAACAGGGCAGUGGAAGAAGGACAGAGAGUAGAUGAUGUUAACCUAAAGCUGGAAAAGGUUAGGAGCAGAGUAAGUCAGCUAGAAGAAGAGCUAUCUCUUGAAAAGAAACGAGGCUUGCAGAUAGAAGCACAGGUGGAAAAGCAACUUUCAGAGUUUGAUAUUGAGAGAGAGCAACUGAAAGCCAAGUUAAAUAGGGAAGAAAAUCGCACAAAAACUUUGAAAGAAGAAUUGGAGUCCUUAAAAAAGACAUUGAAAGAGCUAAACACCACCCACCAAGUUUCAGUGCCUUCAUGCAAGGUAACAAGUGAGCUGGUGUCUAUUUGUGUAUCAACAGAGAAUGCUGACGUAGUAUCUGUGUCAUGCCAAACCGAUCCCUUCCAACAUGAAAAAAGUUACACAGAUAAUUCUGCAAAAUCCAAUGUCUCAUUUACUGCUCCAUCUAAGAUUCCUCAGCCAUAUUCCAAAAUAAAUGGACACUGUAAUACAUCAGCACACAGCAAUGAGCACAUUUUAAAAUUAAAUGUGGGAGACAACCAGAAAGAAAAGUGCAAUGUAUCAGAUAGCCUUUCUGACAGUGGGAACUCUCCAGUCAGAGUAGAGUCUCCUCUGCAUAUGACAGGAUAUCUUCCCUCAAGUGGUGCUUCUUCCUCACCCAUCAGUACAGCAGCUUCUUCCUUAACUUCUUCUCCAUGUUCUUCUCCAGUGCUUUCACGUCGUCUGAUUGGAGCAACAGCCAACAGUCCUGGUUAUCAAUCUUCCUACCAAGUUGGUAUCAACCAGCGCUUCCAUGCUGCCCGUCACAAGUUCCAGUCUCAGGCUGAGCACGAUCAACAUGUUACUGGUCUACAGAGCCCCCCUUCUAGGGACCUAUCCCCAACCUUGGCAGAUAAUUCAGCAGCCAAGCAACUUGCACGAAAUACUGUGACUCAGGUGUUAUCCCGCUUCACUAGCCAACAGACCUCCAGCAAACCUGUACCUCCCAACAGCUCACCUUUUGGUACAGAUUAUAGAACUCUUGCAAAUGCUGCCUCCAACCAAAAAAGUGAUGGAAGCCAUUCCCCAAACCCUCUAAAAGUUUCUAGCCCUCUCAGUCCUGUAUCGCCUGGAAUCAAAUCACCCACCAUAUCUCGGGUUGAACGAGGAAACCCCCCACCAAUUCCUCCAAAGAAACCAGGGUUAGCUCAGUCUCCAGCUUCUCCCAUACCUUCAUCCAAAUCACCAAACCAAACAUCUGCUCUGACAUCCUCAGCAGAUGGAUCAAAUACCCACUGCUCCAAUAAUGGCGUCAUUACAAAUGGAAAUGAAAUUGAAAUAAUGCUUCCAUCUGGUAGCUAGUUUUACCCUGUUUGGGGGGUGAGGACAUUGUUACAUGACUUAAUAACACUGUCAGACUAAACUAUUCGAGUCUGAAUGUGCUAUACAAUUAAGAUGAUCAAAAGUAUGUUAUUUAUUUUAAUAGUCAACAAACAUUUUCUAUAGCCCAUAUUUCCUAUUUCCUUCUUUCCUUUGUGGAAGUAUUAUUCUUUUUAAUUAGGAAACAAAUUCCUGGGACUUUCUGAUAGAAUAGGGCAUAAAAUGCAGUCUUAAAAGUGGACAAGAGUGUCUGAAAAAUGUGGUUGCUGAUAAUUAAGAAAACCAAGUAAUGUCUGGCAAUUAUAAAGUUAUCGAUACCAGCAGCUUUUGAUCAUGAUUUCCGGAUAUCUGUGAUUAAUUGCCUGCAGUAAUGUCUGUUAGUUACAAUUAAGGAGUAAGGAAACAUUGGCUUGGGAAUCCAUACCAGCUUUGCCAGUAAAUUAGUCUUUUAUCCUGUUUUGCGAUAUAUACUGAAUUAUAUAUAUAUAUAUAUAUAUAUAUAUAUAUGUAGAGAGAGAAAAAAUAUGUUGUAUUAGAUGUAUUUUAACUUUUAAUUAACAUCCCUAUUACUGAAUCCUGCCAGCGUUUUAACACUGUAUGUACAGAGACUAUAGCAGCAGUGAAGACGUGUGAGACAACUAUCCAGUGGUCAUGUUGGCUUGGGGCAAACCAAAUUUAUGUAGUUGUCCGAUAAAAAAAAAAACAGCUUGCCAAAUGUCUCCUUAUGUAUAUUUUAGCCUU